AUUUAAAAUAUUAUGUUUAUUUUACUUUUCACAUUAAUUUGUCUUUUCUUACAAUUCAAAUUAGGCUGCAAUUUUUUGUUGACAUUUAAUAUAUUUUUUUAGAUACAAUAAUUAUAAAUAUACAACCGUGGUGCUUAUAUGAAACUUACAUCCUCUUUUAACUCUAAUAUAAGGCAACCUCAAUUGACAAUUCUCUCAGAGUUUGGAAUGAGUUUGGGUUUAAACCCGAAACCGAUCCGGUAAAACCGAAAAACCAAACACAUACAUUUUGGGUUGGAUUGGGUUCUAGUUUUUUGAAAACCGAAAGUUUAGUUUUAGAUUUGGUUUUAGCUGAAAACCGACUCAACCCAGUCCAUGCUUACCUCUAAUAUUUGAAUCAUGAUAUUUGAAUAUCGAUACUUUUGACUGUAGCUUUUGGGUCGAUUUUUUAGCAAAAUACAUAACUGGCCAAACCCAUUGGCUAUUUUAGCCCAAAAUAUGAAAUGGACUGGAUUGUUUUUUUCCUUUCUAACAUGCACACAUCUGGCGAUCAGUAUCACUCCAUUAUGAAGACCUAGUCAAAUUCAUUAACGUUCAGUCGUUCCUUCAAAGUUUCAAAGUUCCAACUUCCAACUUCCCUCUUUUUUUUUUCUUUCCUCGAUUCUGAUUUGAAUCUGAUUCUGCGACGAAGGAGAGCUUGGUCAGAGGGCUGUGAUUCUUGAGUCUUGACCUCCGAAUCUAGCUGGAUUAUUUUUGACACACCAGACACGUAUCAGGUUGCUCAUCCCGAAAUACUGCUUUGCAAACUGUUGUAUCAUCGCCUAGGAAAUUAAGUUUCUUUCUUGGCUCUGUUACUGAAUCAGUAGCUUUGCAACUUGCUCAUUAUAAGCUGAUCCAUAUUUUACAUAUCUUUUGAAGAAUAAUAGGUACUGACUUUACCUUUCUGAUGAGAACGAUUUAAGAGAUACCUCUGUAAAAUCCAUUUUUGUGAAGGGAUCUGGGUUAGUUUUUAAAGGAUUUGCUACAACAGUAUCCCACAAACGAUCUAUUUCCCAUUUCACUCAUCCGCUCAAGAUCUAUCCACCUUUAUAUAUGUUAUUGGAGUCUUCCAUGUUUUUUUUUUUUUUUUUUUGAAAAAAUGAAGACUUCACUUAUCUAAUACAUGUAAUCACUAUCAUCUUUUUUAAAAUAAUCAUAUUUUGGUAUUUUUUUUUUCUAUAAUUAAUCAAUGAUAAACCAUUUUCUUGAUUCCUAUUAGGCUAUGAAUGCAAUGAAUCUAGGAUGCAUUUAGAUGCCCAAUCCAUUACAAGUUUUCAUCCAAUUUCAUGUGACAAGUUGUUGGUUACUAUGUAGGUACUUCCACAAUUAAGAAUUUCCAGCAAUGGAUGUUGUUAAUGCCAUUCUUAAACCAGUUGCCGAGACACUUAUGGAACCUGUUAAGAAACAUCUAGGCUACAUCAUUUCCAGCACAAAACAUGUGAGGGAUAUGAGUAACAAAAUGAGGGAGUUGAACGCUACAAGACAUGCUGAAGAAGACCACUUGGACAGGAACAUAAGAACUCGUCUUGAGAUUUCAGAUCAAGUUAGGAGUUAGUUAGAAGAAGUAGAAAAGAUCGAUGCAAAAGUAAAAACCCUUCCUAGUGAUGUCACCGCUUGUUGCAGUCUCAAGAUCAAACAUGAAGUCGGAAGGGAAGCCUUGAAGCUAAUUGUGGAGAUUGAAAGUGCCACAAGACAACACUCUUUGAUCACUUGGACUGAUCAUCCCAUUCCUCUGGGAAAAGUUGAUUCCAUGAAGAAGGCAUCCUCGUCCACAGCAUCAACCGAUUACAAUGACUUUCAGUCAAGAGAAAAAACUUUUACUCAAGCAUUGAAAGCACUUGAACCAAACAACGCUUCCCACAUGAUAGCGUUAUGUGGGAUGGGUGGAGUGGGGAAGACCACAAUGAUGCAAAGACUAAAAAAAGUUGUCAAACAAAAUAGAAUGUUCAGUUAUAUGGUUGAGGCAGUUAUAGGGGAAAAGACGGACCCAAUUGCUAUUCAACAAGCUGUAGCGGAUUACCUUCGUAUAGAGUUAAAAGAAAGCACUAAACCAGCAAGAGCUGAUAAGCUUCGUGAAUGGUUCAAGGCCAACUCUGGAGAAGGUAAGAAUAAAUUCCUUGUAAUACUUGAUGACGUCUGGCAGUCUGUUGAUCUAGAAGAUAUUGGUUUAAGUCCUUUUCCAAAUCAAGGUGUCGACUUCAAGGUCUUAUUGACUUCACGAGACGAACAUGUUUGCACAGUAAUGGGAGUUGGAUCUAAUUCAAUUCUUAAUGUUGGACUUCUAAUAGAAGCAGAAGCACAAAGUUUGUUCCAACAAUUUGUAGAAACUUCUGAGCCCGAGCUCCAUAAGAUAGGAGAAGAUAUUGUAAGGAAGUGUUGCGGUCUACCUAUUGCCAUCAAAACCAUGGCAUGUACUCUUAGAAAUAAAAGAAAGGAUGCUUGGAAGGAUGCACUUUCGCGUAUAGAGCACUAUGACCUUCGCAAUGUUGCACCUAAAGUCUUUGAAACGAGCUACCACAAUCUCCAUGACAAAGAGACUAAAUCGGUGUUUUUGAUGUGUGGUUUGUUUCCGGAAGACUUCAAUAUUCCUACUGAGGAGUUGAUGAGGUAUGGAUGGGGAUUAAAGAUAUUUGAUAGAGUCUAUACAUUUAUCAAAGCAAGAAACAGGAUCAACACCUGCAUUGAGCGACUGGUGCAGACAAAUUUGUUAAUUGAAAGUGAUGAUGUUGGGUGUGUCAAGAUGCAUGAUCUGGUUCGUGCUUUUGUUUUAGGUAUGUAUUCUGAAGUAGAGCAUGCUUCAGUUGUCAACCAUGGUAAUAUGCCUAGAUGGACUGAAAAUGAUACGACUGACUCUUGUAAAGCAAUUUCAUUAACAUGCGAGAGUAUGUCUGGAAACAUUCCAGGAGACUUCAAGUUUCCAAACCUAACGAUUUUGAAACUUAUGCAUGGAGAUAAGUCGCUAAGAUUUCCACAAGACUUUUAUGAAGGAAUGGAAAAGCUCCAGGUUAUAUCAUACGAUAAAAUGAAGUAUCCAAUGCUUCCCUUGUCUCCUCAAUGCUCCACCAACCUUCGAGUGCUUCAUCUCCAUGAAUGUUCAUUAAAGAUGUUUGAUUGCUCUUGUAUUGGAAAUAUGGCGAAUGUGGAAGUGUUGAGCUUUGCUAAUUCUGGCAUUGAAAUGUUACCUUCCACUAUCGGAAAUUUAAAGAAGCUAAGGUUACUUGAUUUAACAGAUUGUCAUGGUCUUCAUAUAACACACGGUGUCUUUAAUAAUUUGGUCAAACUUGAAGAGUUGUAUAUGGGAUUUUCUGAUCGACCUGAUCAAACUCGUGGUAAUAUUAGCAUGACAGAUGUCAGCUACAAUGAAUUAGCAGAAUGUUCAAAAGGCCUUUCUGCAUUAGAGUUCCAGUUCUUUGAAAACAAUGCCCAACCAAAUAAUAUGUCGUUUGGGAAACUUAAACGAUUCAAGAUCUCAAUGGGAUGUACUUUAUAUGGAGGAUCAGAUUACUUUAAGAAAACGUAUCCUGUCCAAAACACAUUGAAGUUGGUUACUAACAAAGGUGAACUAUUGGACUCUAGAAUGAACGAGUUGUUUGUUGAAACAGAAAUGCUUUGUUUAAGUGUUGAUGAUAUGAAUGAUCUUGGUGAUGUUUGUGUGAAGUCCUCACGUUCUCCUCAACCUUCCGUGUUCAAAAUUCUAAGAGUCUUUGUCGUUUCCAAGUGUGUUGAGUUGAGAUACCUUUUCACAAUUGGUGUAGCCAAGGAUUUGUCAAAUCUUGAGCAUCUUGAAGUUGAUUCAUGUAAUAAUAUGGAACAACUCAUAUGUAUUGAGAAUGCUGGAAAAGAGACAAUUACACUCCUAAAGCUGAAGAUUUUAUCUUUGAGUGGGCUACCAAAGCUAUCGGGUUUGUGCCAAAAUGUCAACAAACUUGAGCUACCACAACUCAUAGAGUUGAAACUUAAGGGCAUUCCAGGUUUCACAUGCAUUUAUCCGCAAAACAAGUUGGAAACAUCUAGUUUGUUGAAGGAAGAGGUUGUGAUUCCUAAGUUGGAGACACUUCAAAUUGAUGAGAUGGAGAAUUUAAAGGAAAUAUGGCAUUAUAAAGUUAGUAAUGGUGAGAGAGUUAAGUUGAGAAAGAUUGAAGUGAGUAACUGUGAUAAGCUUGUGAAUCUAUUUCCACACAACCCCAUGUCUCUGCUGCAUCAUCUUGAAGAGCUUGAAGUCAAGAAAUGUGGUUCCAUUGAAUCGUUAUUCAACAUCGACUUGGAUUGUGUUGAUGCCAUAGGAGAAGAAGACAACAUGAGGAGCUUAAGAAACAUUAAAGUGAAGAAUUCAUGGAAGUUAAGAGAGGUGUGGUGUAUAAAAGGUGAAAAUAACUCUUGCCCCCUUGUUUCUGGCUUUCAAGCUGUUGAAAGCAUAAGCAUUGAAAGUUGUAAGAGGUUUAGAAAUGUAUUCACACCUACCACCACCAAUUUUAAUAUGGGGGCACUUUUGGAGAUAUCAAUAGAUGACUGUGGAGAAUACAUGGAAAAUGAAAAAUCGGAAAAGAGUAGCCAAGAGCAAGAGCAGACUGAUAUUUUGUCAGAGGAAGUGAAAUUACAAGCAGUCACUGAUACUAUUUCUAAUGUUGUAUUCACAUCGUGUCUCAUACACUCUUUUUAUAACAACCUCCGUAAACUCAACUUGGAGAAGUAUGGAGGAGUUGAGGUUGUGUUUGAGAUAGAGAGUUCAACAAGUAGAGAAUUGGUAACAACAUACCAUAAACAACAACAACAACAACAACCUAUAUUUCCCAACCUUGAGGAAUUAUAUCUAUAUUAUAUGGACAACAUGAGUCAUGUAUGGAAGUGCAACAACUGGAAUAAAUUUUUACAACAAUCAGAAUCCCCAUUCCACAACCUCACAACCAUACACAUGUCCGAUUGCAAAAGCAUUAAGUACUUGUUUUCACCUCUCAUGGCAGAACUUCUUUCCAACCUAAAGAGAAUCAAUAUUGACGAGUGUGAUGGUAUUGAAGAAAUUGUUUCAAAAAGAGAUGAUGUGGAUGAAGAAAUGACUACAUCUACCCAUUCAAGCACCAUCUUGUUCCCUCACCUUGAUUCUCUCACUCUAUUUAGACUGGACAAUCUUAAGUGUAUUGGUGGAGGUGGUGCUUUUCUUGAUCGAUUUAAGUUUUCUCAAGCAGGUGUUGUUUGUUGGAGCUUAUGCCAAUACUCUAGAGAGAUAGAAAUACGAAGCUGCCAUGCAUUGUCUAGUGUUAUUCCAUGUUAUGCAUCAGGACAAAUGCAAAAGCUUCGAGUGCUGAAAAUAGAGCGUUGCAAAGGGGUGAAGGAGGUAUUUGAAACUCAAGGGAUAAGCAGCAACAAAAACAACAAGAGUGGUUGUGAUGAAGGAAAUGAUGAAAUUCCAAGAGUAAAUAGCAUUAUUAUGCUUCCCAAUCUAAUGAUAUUGGAAAUAAGCAAGUGUGGUAGUUUGGAACAUAUAUUCACAUUCUCCGCACUUGAAAGUCUGAGACAGCUGGAAGAGUUAAUGAUAUUGGAUUGCGGGUCAAUGAAAGUGAUUGUGAAGGAAGAACAUGCAUCAUCAUCAUCAUCAUCAAAGGAGGCUGUGGUCUUUCCUCGUCUCAAGUCCAUUAAACUAUUUAAUCUACCAGAGCUGGAGGGUUUCUUCUUGGGGAUGAAUGAGUUCCGGUGGCCUUCAUUGGCUUAUGUUGUGAUUAAGAAUUGCCCUCAAAUGACAGUGUUUGCACCUGGUGGGUCCACAGCUCCCAUGCUCAAGCAUAUACACACUGCAUUAGGCAAACAUAGUCUUGGAGAAUCUGGCCUUAACUUUCAUAAUGUUGCGCAUCGUCAGACCCCAUUUCCAAGUUUACAUGGUGCAAUCUCGUGCCCUGUUACUACAGAAGGGAUGCGUUGGUCUUUUCAUAACUUGAUUGAAUUAGAUGUGGGAUGUAAUCGUGAUGUUAAAAAGAUUAUUCCAUCGAGUGAGAUGCUGCAACUGCAAAAGCUGGAAAAGAUUCAUGUAAGGUAUUGUCAUGUGUUAGAGGAGGUAUUUGAAACUGCAUUGGAAUCAGCUACUACUACUACUACUGUUUUCAAUCUUCCUAACCUAAGACAUGUUGAGUUAAAAGUUGUAUCUGCUCUGAGGUAUAUAUGGAAGAGCAAUCGGUGGACAGUAUUUGAUUUUCCAAACCUAACAAGAGUCGAUAUUAGAGGAUGUGAAAGGCUAGAACAUGUAUUUACUAGUUCCAUGGUUGGUAGUCUAUUGCAACUCCAAGAGCUACAUAUAUGGGAUUGUUACCAUAUGGAGGAGAUCAUUGUUAAGGACACAAAUGUUGAUGUAGAAGCAGACGAAGAAUCUGAUGGAAAGACAAAUGAGAUUGUGUUACCCUGUCUAAAGUCCUUGACACUUGAUUGGCUUCCAUGUCUUAAGGGGUUUAGCUUGGGGAAGGAGGACUUUUCAUUCCCAUUAUUGGAUACUUUAGAAAUCAACAACUGCCCAGAAAUAACGACUUUCACCAAGGGAAAUUCCGCAACUCCACGGCUAAAAGAAAUCGAAACAAGUUUUGGCUCGUUUUUUGUUGCAGAGACAGACAUCAACUCCUUUAUAAAGAUCAAACAAAAGGUUCCUCUGGCUGACUGCUGAUGACCAUCUAAAUCAAUUGACUAUCUGUUGGUAGUAUUCAAGGAUAGAAUUGUUCGUCAUAUGAAGAGUAUACUAAACAAGAACAUGGUUGCUAUGAAGAUGUUAACAUAUGAAUCAAAAUACAAGCUACUCAUUGAUCUAAGUUUAUUGGUUGAAAAUGUUGAUUUUAAUGUUUCAUAUUUGUUGGUAUCAUUAUGUGGGUUUAUCGGUGUUAAUGGGAUAAAAGUUACUCCACCUAGAUUAUGUUGUUAGUAAAUGUUGGAGUCAGGUAUGACUUGUGAAAAUUAUAUGCAAAAUGCAAUGGUGAAAUACAUGAAACUUAAUUGCUAGGAUUGGUCGAUUUA